AUGGCCUUUAAAGCCUUCAAAACCACCCGUGCGGCUCCCUCCGCGGCACACAUCGAGGAGAGCGCGUCUCCCUUUGAGACGGGAUCCGAUCCGGAAGGCAAGGAGCCCAUCUCGGGCCUGAAGCUCGAUGCCAGUGGUCUGCCCCUGGUGCCGCAGCCCAGCGACCACAAGGAUGAUCCUCUGAACUGGCCGUACUGGUACAAGUACUAUGUCCUCAGUCUUCUCUGCCUACUCGCCUUUGUCGUGCAGUUCGGCGCCGGCAUGGUCCCAGCUGCAUUCGGCCCCAUUGCCGCCAGCUACGGCGUCACGCACCAGCAGGCCAGCUACCUCACCACCUCGUACACGCUCCUCGGCGGCGUGACGCCCCUGCUCAUCACCCCCUUUGUCAACCUCUACGGCAGACGCCCUGCCUAUCUGAUCUUCACCCUGAUUGCCAUUGGCGCCAACAUUGGUUCGGCAUACGCGCCGUCGUACGGCACGCAGAUCCUCACCCGAUGCAUCGUCGGUAUCGGUGCCAGUGUUGCUCUCGCCAUUGGAGGUGCCACGAUCUGUGACAUGUUCUUCCAGGGAGAGCGUGGAAAGUACAUUGGCUUCUACGCCCUGGCCCUCACCAACGGCCCUCACUUCGGUCCCAUUGCCGGCGGCUUCAUCGCCAAGGACCAAGGCUGGCGCUGGAUCUUCAAGAUCAACGCCAUCAUGAUGGGCGCCGUCCUCGCCAUCUACCUCGUCUCCUUCCCCGAGACGCUCUUCUCGCGCACCGAGUUCAGCACGCUCGAGAACCGCAGCUACUGGCAGCGGCUCGCCUUCCGCGGCAAGGUCAUCGACCGCAAGCUCAAGGGCUCCGACUUCCUCGCCAACUUCAAGAUGCUCAAGUACCUGGCCGUGGUGCUCCCCUGCGUCUACUACAUGACGACCAACACGUACGGCUCCAUCGUCUUCGUGCUGACGGCGUCGAGCAUCUCGGAGCGGCUGUACCACUUCGACACGGCGCAGAACGGGCUCCUGCUCGGCGUGCCGCUGACCCUCGGCUGCAUCAUCGGCGAGUGCUGCACGGGCUGGAUCUCGGACUGGCUCAUCAACCGCUACGCCCGCCGCCACGACGGCUACCGCAAGCCCGAGGCCCGCCUGCACCUCGCGCCCCUGGGCCUGUUCCUGCCCGCCGGCCUCAUCAUCCACGGCGUCUCCGUCGCCAACCACGCGCCCUGGAUCGCCCUCGCCGUCGGCAUGACCGUCGCCUCCAUCGGCGUCCAGGCCGGCACCACGCUGACCUACUCGUACAUCUCCGACUGCUACAAGCCGCAGGCCGCCGAGGUGUCGACCAUUAUCAACCUGUUCCGGCAGAUCUUUGCCUUCACCAUUGGCUUCUACGCGCUGCCGUUUGGCGAUUCCGCUGGCUUCGAUGUCGCCUGGGGGGUGUUUGCCGUGGCCAACUUUGUGACGUGGUGUCCCUUGAUCCUGCUGAUUUACCGGGGCGAGCAGAUUCGCAAGGCGCAGGGCGUGCCCGCUAUCCACAAGGACUUGUAG